AUGAGCGCGGCAAGCAAACGUCCUCGUCGACCUCGGAGUCGGAAUGAUUUCGAGAUCGCUGUAAUCUGUGCCAUACGCAUCGAGUGCGACGCUGUCGAGGCUUUGUUCGACGAAUUUUGGGAGGAUUAUGAUUCGUACGGAAAGGCUCUGGGCGAUCCCAAUGCCUACUCAACGGGUAGGAUCGGUAGCCACAACGUCGUGUUAGCCUUUAUGCCGGGCAUGGGCAAGGGAACUUCUGCCAGCGUUGCGGCUAGUUUCCGCUCCAGUUUCCCCAACAUCAAGCUGGGUUUGGUGGUGGGGAUUUGUGGAGCAGUGCCGACUGGAUGGGACGACGAAACAGAAAUUCUGCUUGGAGAUGUCAUUAUCAGCACUGGACUGGUCCAGUACGACUUUGGGCGCCUGUACCCAAACAAGGUCAUAAGGAAAGAUACGUUACAAGAUAAUCUGGCUUAUCUGAGAGAGAUAUGUUCCAAAGAAAGCUUUGAGAAAUCAAAGUACCCUGGACCAGAAGAAGACAAACUCUAUCCAUCGACUUACCGUCACAAACAUCAUGACCCGACCACUUGCCCUACUUGCCUCCAGUGUCUCAGCAAGGAUGAUGAGGUCUGCGAUGUUGCGCUUGAGUCAGCUUGUGUUGAUUUGAAGGGUGAUGAGAAGCAACUACUUCAUCGCGACCGGCUGCAAAAGGCCAGAAAGUCUGCUAUGCAGUCUGCUGAGGACGGUGCUGUAAUUGAGCCACCCACGGGUGUACAGACCCUACUGAUCCAUUUCGGUCUCAUUGCAUCUGGAAAUCUGGUGAUAAAGUCGGGCUACCAUCGGGACGAUAUUGCUGCCAGAGAGAAGGUGAUCGCCUUUGAGAUGGAAGGUGCUGGAGUUUGGGACAAUUUCCCAACGAUAGUUAUUAAAGGGGUUUGCGAUUAUGCUGACAGCCAUAAAAACAAGAAAUGGCAGAGAUAUGCUGCCGCCACCGCAGCGGCCUGCAUGAAGGCGAUUUUGAAGGGAUGGAGGACUUCAGACAAGCCAGCUGAUAGAGACACAUAUCGUCAAGGCGACACCCUGCUCCCGGUCACUAUGCUGCAUGAGCAGCUCCCAGCGGGCAAUAGUCUGAACACGGGGAGUAGAGAGAUCAGCUUCGGAUCCCAGGCUGCGGCACAAAUCAAACAUGUUGGCCAUUAUUCACACUCAUCGCUACGACCAGUGGCAAACUAUAUACAACGGCCCGCACUCCACAAGAAGAUCCAGGAACAGUUGCACGAUAGACUUGAACAUCGCCCCCCAACAGCUAAAGUGCUGGUUGUUCGUGGGCUUGGGGGUGCCGGGAAGUCGCAACUAGUGCUACAUUACGUCCAAGAGUGUCGCCCGGAUUACAGAGCUGUCUUCUGGAUCGAGUCAGGUCGGAAACAGACCAUCGAACGUGACUAUCUGCAGCUAUACCGCCAGCUAUUUCGUGGUGGUGCUGGGACGGGUCAAGAUAUGGUCAAGCUUGAAGACGCAGUGCUUGCUGUCAAGAACUAUUUCCGCAGUCAGACAGGCCGAUAUCUCGUUGUGUUAGACAGUGCCGACUCAAUUGAUAACGAACAAGACGAGUCGUAUGUUGAUCUCACUUUCUUCAUUCCUGAUGCGCCUAACGUCGAUGUUAUCAUUACGACCCGAAGUGCAAGAGCCGAAGAUAUGAGUCCGCUGGAGGUGGUCCACGUGGCGGAAAUGAAGCAUGAGGAGGCGAGAAAGCUGUUCAUAGCGUCCGCGAAGCUCAAAAACGUGACGGAGGAGGUCGAAGCCCAGGUAGAUUUGAUAACGAACGAGCUAGGAUGUCUGGCACGUGCUAUCACACUAGCGGGCUCACACGUGGCCGCCACACCUCGCCUAUCAUCCGACUUACGGCGGUAUCUUCCUGAGUAUCAAACGAAACGAAAGAGGCUGCUAGGUCGUAAACCGAUACAAUAUAUCCAUCACUACCGCGACAGCGUGCUUAGCACUUGGGAAACGUCGUUCGAAGCCGUCGCGGCUGUAUCCACAGUAGCAUCCCAACUGCUUACCUUUAUGGCAUUUCUGAAUUUUGAUGAUAUAUUUCUUGGACUGUUCGGCCUGAAUAACGAUGAUUUCGAACAACCAGCGGAGUUGGGUAGUAGUGAUAGCCAGAGUGGCGACGCAUUCGAUAAUCUGAUACAUAGAUUGAGCAAGGUUGACAACGAAACCGGCGCCGCUCCGGACGAGCUAGCAGAGGAAUUCAGCAGCGUUGAAAGCCUGCGCAAUGACGAACCUGACGAGUCCGCAGACGACCUCAGCACAAUGGGUAGCCAGACCGACGAUGAUCUCGACAAGCUAGGCCAUGAGCUAAACACAUCUAACAGCCCGGACAGGGAUUAUCCUGCUAACUCAGUGCAGGACAGCAGCACAGGUGAUGGCCAGAGCAGUGAUAAUCUGAACCAGGCAAUACAGCGCCUAAGUAUAGACGACACCCAAUGGCAGAGCCUAAUCUCCCUAAAUGAUCCAUUGGAUCUAGACACCAUAGAAUCCGCAUUUGAAGUUCUACGAACACACUCCUUCAUCCAAUGGGAAGACGACCGAAACAGCUAUUCGAUGCACAAAUUGGUGCAUGCCUGGGCUCAUGACCGACUGGACGUACAGGAACAAUAUCGCCUGAGCCUGGGCGCGCUGCAUCUUCUGGCGGAGGUAGUCUCCACGGUUGCGAUGGGUCCCACCUCGAAAAUGCGUCUAAGGUCACACUUGCUCGCAACUUUCAACACAUUUCGAUCUUUAUACAUUACGUUAGAUCCGCCAGACGUUGAAGGGCUGAAAUUGCUUCAAGGCAUUACAAGAUUUCUAGACCAGGCAGGCUGGUGGUCUGACGUGGUAGAUAUUCAACGAUUCUGUUCUUACCACUUCAAGCACAUUCUUGGGAAAUGGCAUUGCAACACGAUAACCAACACGGUUGAACUCGGAGUCGCGCUAGGGAAGCAAGGACGUUUUGAGGAGUCCGAGAAGAUACUACGAAAGACAUUACAGACCUGUAGAAUUGCUUGGGGAAAGCAGCAUCCUGGUACAAUGGCAACUAUGAACAAUCUGGCAAUCGUGCUACUCGAUCAGGGAAAACUUGAGGAAGCUAGAAAGAUGUAUCAUAGGACAUUAAGAACCAGAAAGAUGAUAUUAGGAAAGCAGCAUCCUGAUACAUUGAUUAGUAUGGAAGAGGUGGCCACAACAUUAAUGGUGCAGGGCAAGUUGAAGGAGGCUGAGGAAAUGUUCAGAGAGAUUCUAGCAUGGAGAGGAAAAGUACUAGGGAUGUGGCAUUAUAAUACACUACAAGGUGUGGAAAAUCUAGCAGCAACGUUAGGAAGGCAGGGUAGACAUAAAGAGGCCGAGGAAAUAUUUCGGAUGAUUUUAGAACGGAGGGAGCAGAUUUUAGGAAAGUGGCAUCCUGAUACCUUACACGCUGCGGCCCAUCUAGCAUUUUCACAAGGAAAACAGAACCGAGAUGAAGAGGCUGAGGAGCUAUUUCAGCAGACAAUCCUUCGAAGGGAGAUGGUUCUUGGAAAGGAACAUCCUGAUACACUGAUAAAUACAGGUAGUCUAGCAGCAACUAUAGCAGACCAAGGUAGAUAUAAAGAGGCUGAGGAGCUACAACGACAAACAGCCCUUUCGAUGGAGAUGGUUCUCGGCAAAGAGCAUUCUGAUACACUGAGAACCACAAGCAGUCUAGCAGCAACUAUAGCAAACCAAGGAAGAUAUGAAGAGGCUGAGGGGAUGUUUCGGCAAACAGCCCUUUCGAUGGAGAUGGUUCUCGGCAAAGAGCAUUCUGAUACACUGAGAACCACAAGCAGUCUAGCAGCAACUAUAGCAAACCAAGGAAGAUAUGAAGAGGCUGAGGGGAUGUUUCGGCAAACAGCCCUUUCGAUGGAGAUGGUUCUCGGCAAAGAGCAUUCUGAUACACUGAGAACCACAAGCAGUCUAGCAGCAACUAUAGCAAACCAAGGAAGAUAUGAAGAGGCUGAGGGGAUGUUUCGGCAAACAGCCCUUUCGAUGGAGAUGGUUCUCGGAAGGGAGCAUUCUGACACUCAAUGGUGUGUGAGACUCCUGAUAAGGUGCCUCAAAGACCAGGGCAAGAAUGAGGAGGCCGCGAAGUACGAGGGUGAGAAGGCUGUGGAGUACGAGGAUGAGGAUUUUGAGGAGAAGGAGAAGGAGGAGGAUGAGAAUGAGGAGGAUGAGAAUGAGGAGGAUGAGAAUGAGGAGGAUGAGAAUGAGGAGGAUGAGAAUGAGGAGGAUGAGAAUGAGGAGGAUGAGAAUGAGGAGGAUGAGAAUGAGGAGGAUGAGAAUGAGGAGGAUGAGAAUGAGGAGGAUGAGAAUGAGGAGGAUGAGAAUGAGGAGGAUGAGAAUGAGGAGGAUGAGAAUGAGGAGGAUGAGAAUGAGGAGGAUGAGAAUGAGGAGGAUGAGAAUGAGGAGGAUGAGAAUGAGGAGGAUGAGAAUGAGGAGGAUGAGAAUGAGGAGGAUGAGAAUGAGGAGGAUGAGAAUGAGGAGGAUGAGAAUGAGGAGGAUGAGAAUGAGGAGGAUGAGAAUGAGGAGGAUGAGAAUGAGGAGGAUGAGAAUGAGGAGGAUGAGAAUGAGGAGGAUGAGAAUGAGGAGGAUGAGAAUGAGGAGGAUGAGAAUGAGGAGGAUGAGAAUGAGGAGGAUGAGAAUGAGGAGGAUGAGAAUGAGGAGGAUGAGGAUCAGGAUAAGGAGGAUGACCCUGGGCGUGGAGAGAAGACUUGA